AUGGAUGGCAAACAUAUUGUUAUACAAGCUCCAAAUAAUACUGGAAGUGACUUUUUUAAUUACAAAGGCGAUUUCAGCAUUGUACUUUUAGGAUUGGUUGAUGCAAAUUAUAAAUUCACGUACGUAGAUGUCGGUUGUAAAGGAAGAAUAUCGGAUGGUGGUGUUUUCAAAAAUACGGGUUUCUAUGUUAAUCUUCAGCAAGGACAAUUAAAUUUACCUCAACCUACUGCGCUACCCGCGAGGAAGACACCAAUUCCAUAUGUCAUUGUUGCAGACGAUGAUUUUGCAUUGGAUAUGAAUUUAAUGAAACCAUAUCCCGGUCAACAUGACAAAAGAUCGAAAGAAAGAAUAUUCAAUUAG